UCGCUCUUUGCUCCAUCUGUCUGGCUGCAUUCCACUAAAAAUAGUCGCCCCGAGUAUUUUGUUCACCUCUUCCCUCUUGUUUCCAUACAGAGUCACGACAUGGAGUCUGCCCGCGAACCAGCAUGGGCAGAGCAUGAGAAGGUCUACCUACUCGCCGAAAUCUUGAAAGCCGCUCCAGUUCCACCCCAUGUUCUCUACAACAUCAUUCGCGAUGCCAACAUCCAGCCCAGGUGGAACGAAAUGGCAUUGCCCCACGGUCGUUCAGUACGAUCGUGCCAGAUGGCAUACAGUGACCUGGUAACGACUUUCACGACCCCUCCCGAGUAUAGACGCCCACAACCCCAGAUGCCCACUCCCAUCCUGUACCCCGGCCCUGAAUUGCCCAAGAAGCGCCCGCUCCAACCCGAAACGUCGACACCAAUAGGUCGCGUUCUCCAACCGCGCCCCCCACACUCGUACCAGGCAGACUUCAUCAGCGGACCUUCCUACCCCAAUUUCAUGUCACCUUUGGGUGAGCCAGCGAAUAAGAAGAAGCGUGGCCGGCCGACAAAAGCAGAAGCCCAGCAGAGAGCCCAAGAGGCGGCUGCAAGGGGUGAGGUCUAUCCUCCACCAAGAAAAGCAAGGCCUUCCAUAACGGCCAUCGAACAGCCCUUGCCAUCCCAAGGCGACAACCCACCACCCGCUCAACGGACUCCUCCCCCUGCACCAGUUUCCUAUAGUGGUGCUAUAACUCCGCAGCCCACGCAGCCAGAUCAAGCCAUGGAGCUAUCUUCCUCCGGGAAGAAAAAGCGCAGCAAACCAGCACCACUGGAACUGGAGAAAAUGCAAAAGGCACAGAGCGAGACCGAAUCGCCAUUAGCAUACGGCUCGGCCGCAACAGGGACCCAUCAGAGCCAGGCUUAUUCAUCCUUCACCCCGAUAUCCGCCCCUUUGCCAUCAGAGUUGCGAGACAGAGACGUGAGAAUGGAAGGAGUAGAAGAUUCGCAGCCCCGGACCACGACACCACAUUCGUUUAAAGACACGGUCGGCAUAUAA